AGCUGCAGCCCCGCUCCCGCCCGCGGCGCGCCGAGACCCCAGCCCGCGCCGGUGGCAGGUAAGAGCCGGGCUCCCGGCCGCGUCCCGGGACGGAGUGCGGUGCGGCGGGGGGCACGCGGAGGACGGUCCCGAAAGUUCGCGCCGGGCGCGGGCGGCGCACCUGGGGCCGGCGGUGCGGGCGGCAUCCCCCGGGACGGUGCCUCUCGGCGGGAGGGGGCCGGGAUGCGGGAGACACGGCGACGCCAGGGCUGCGAGCGAAAAGGAGGAGCGCGGGGAGAAAGAGCGUUGUUGUGGAUGGCUGGAGGCUGACAGGCAUUCCCGCUGCGAGGGCUGCUUUCCUUAAGGAAAACAAAACCCACAUGACACGUUCGGAGAUAGUUUUUCCCUUGCAGAGGUUAUUUUCUGUUCGAGAAAUCCCGGCCGCCGGACGCGCUCCCGAAUAGAGCAGAGCAGAAAUUGGGCUGUUUGGGUUUGCGCUCCAGCUGCGGGCGCGGGAUCCCUUCAGAACCGAAGCCCCGUACGGCACACCCCGAGCCGGGGGGACCCGCGGUUGGGCCCGUUUGUAUCAAUUCCGAUGUGGUGCGGUGGCAACUUUGUGUUUUCCCACUUGGGUUUUAUGGGCGAAUUCAUUUGAUCCUGGCCGGGUUUGCUCUCGAAGGCACGUCGGUGGGAAUAAAAAUAAAUGGCACACACAUGAGCGCUCACAAACGCACACGUGCUGUUAAUUGCUGGAGUUUUACAGAUUAGUGGGGGGGGAGAAAAAAAGAGCAUAGCCCAGAAUGGCCAACUCUUCGGUGAAUGAGUUCUGCCUUGGCAGCAGUAGGAAGUGAUGUGCACGUCUCUGGAACGCGUUCAAGUUUGUGGCUGCUGGGGAAGGACACUGCAGAGAGCACUGAGUUUCGGUGCUUUGCAUCUCUCCUGUGUGCAGAGAUGUGCGUCUGUAUGGGUGGCGAUGCCCUCCUCGGCUCCCGGAUCGUCAGCUUAAGAAAGCGCCACAAAACUCUUCCCCUCGGCCAUGGGAGGAUGAAUGUCAUCGCUCACCCAAACGUCAUCCGGGCAGACAGCUCCCGUUGUCCAGAUUUGCUAUGUGCCCACGUCCGCCUGGUUUGCGUUUGUUUCCUGCUGUACUUUAGAGUGGAGGCUUCGGGUGUAGUUUUUAUUUCAUUUAUUUUACGUACUGAGUCACUUUGACAUAGUAGGCAGAAGAAGUGUGCCGCAAAGUAUUCCUGAAGUGAACCUUUCCAUUCUACAUUCUGAGUUCUGCAGUGAUUUCUAUCCCUGUCUGCCCUUCGUGAUGGAGUUACAAAUGUUUUCUUUUUCACUCUGUUGCAGGCAUACAAGCGAUAAGCAAUAACUGCAAAAAAACAACUCAAAUAAGGGUCACUCGUAUUUUAUCAUGCAUCCCAAUUUGAUCAGGAUUUGUGUUUUCAUAGGAGUCGGGGAUGGGUGCUUUUAUUUACGUGCAGAACUAAACUGAACACCCACAAAGGUUUGCCCUAAGCUCUCAACUGCACAACUUUGCAGAGCAGUUCAGCAUUCAUAUUUUAUCAGUGCACUUGUCCCAGGCUGAGAGCACAUACACGUAUGCUGCAUACCUACAGAAGGUGGAGGCGAGGCACCCGGAGCUCCUGCACACAAACUGGUGGUGGUUCCCCAUCUGCCUUCACUGGGGACAAGGCAAGGCCCAACCCACUAAAAUAGGACCACAGAAAUGUUGGCGUAGCGUAUCACAUAACAUCUGGACAGUUAAUCCUCCUUUCUCCCCUUUUAUUCUUUUACAGACUUUGUGCAUCUCGAGCUUGAAAUCCUCAGCUAUCUGCUGUUAUCAGCUCGGCAGAUAGGGUGUCAUGUAAUCCUCUCUGCUGAAUGCUAAAGUGCUGUAAUUCUGAUGGCCUGGCUAAUCUGUCUCGAUAAAGUUUUAUUUUUCCAUUGUUAAAUUCAGAGGACAAUGACUACUAAUUACAAGUGACCUCUAACCAAAACACCAGUUAGCAUUUAUCGCUGGUGCUGAUACCCGCUAACAGUAAUUCCAGCAUCAGCUCUAUGGGGCACCCUGCUUCAGAGGAACCCGACGGAAUAAGGGGAGCCAAAAGGGGAGAGAGAGAAUGCAUAUGCUCUGGGUCGUUUGUGGUAAAAACGAAAUGAAAGUGUACAUAGAUUCCAUUUGCUCUGCAGUAUGCCUGUUGCAAAUAAUAAUGACAUGGAUGAGGAAGAAAUAAUUAAAAAUAUCAUAAAUAUUUUAACUGAAAACAGCACAGCAAAAACGUACAGAAGGUUGUUAUGGUAGGCUGCCUGGUUUCCUGCUGCAGGCUGGUAUAAGGGAUCAUUAGUGUUAUUGUACAUUAACAGCAAAAGAUAGUAAUAGCAAUGACAAUUUGAGAGAAUCAUUGCUUUCCUAUUACUGUCUUUGAGAACAUUUGUUCUAAGAAACAUCAGACUGAAUACAGUGUAAUAAAAUUAAUUUUUCAAAAAUAUCCCCAAUUAUUUCCCAUCUUACAUUUUUUAUAAUGUUUGAAUGGUAAUAGCAUGGGAAUUUUACAGAUGAAGAGGUGAAUUAAAGAGUCUCGGGCUCUGCGUAUUUGUUAUAGUAGCUGAAAACCACGCUGUGCUUUUGCAGAUGAGUUAGAUCUAAUAGACUGCGGGAUCAGAGCCCAGUCUGAGAUCCUGACAAACAGAUGUGUGCGUUUAAAAUGAAACAGGUGAAAGUUUUUCUGCCCGGGUUUUAGUGAAGACACCUGUGAUUUUUAGAUGGGUUGUUCCACAGGACCGACAGCAGGUUUCUGAAGGAGCUAUUGUAGCAUCUCAGACAGGCCGAGCAGUUUUUCUUUGAAGUUCAGCUCCUCUGGACAAGGACACGACAAGGACACAGUGAAAGUGGAGAUCAUUUCCCAGUUGACAUGGUUGCUUCUAUGUAAAUAGACAAAACAAAACAGGAAGGAAAAGAAAAUGAUAAUCUCUGUCCUUUUUUUUUUUUUUAAUUAUUUUUAUUGAAACAGCAUGAGGAUCCAGAUGUGUUUCUCACUGGGAGGAGAAAUGCCUUAUCUUUCCUGCAUCCAGCUUUCCAGCACUUGUUUCCUAUCCUCUCUUCACUGUCAGGAGCACCACCGUCCUCCCCUCUGCCAAACUCAGCAUCAUCUUUUGACUGCUGUUUCCUUACAAGCCGGUACUCCCAGAUGUCUUUUGACAUUUUUUCUUCUCAUGGCUUCUUGCAUUCCUUCUUCCUUUUGUUUGCAGCUGCUAAAGCAUUAGUCCACACUGUGGCAACCGUCCAGCUUGUUACUGCAACCUCCCGUUUCCCAACAAGCUCUCUUCUUCCACCUACGUUCUGUUCACCGUCACUGUGACCCCUGCCAAAAUCCUCUAUCUUCUGCUUUCCUUUCUGAAACGUCUCCAUGCUAACCCAUCUUACUGAGUCUCUAUAUACUCCUAGUUUCUGUUUAGAUCAUGAAAAUUUUCCCUGCUUCCAGAGUUCUCCAGAUCCAUCGGCCUCAGUCCCGUGGUUCACUGAAAGACAGAGAGGAAGAGGAAAGAAAAUGAGCAGACCCUUGGCUCAUUCCAGUUCGUUCUGCUUCAGGAUUCCUUUCACCCUCAUUACCUGGCUACAAAAGGAGCAAGAUUGGUCAUUGCUCAAUAACUGUUACUCUGUUUGUUCUGCCUUGUAUUGUACUUGGUCAGGCAGCUGUGCUGUGGGAACACAAGGCAGCAAGCUGUUGGUGGUAGGGCCUUUCUAUAAAGUGGUGUUUGCUAACAGCAAAGCUCCAUGUAAUUAAGAAUACUUUAUAAUGCAAAUAACAGUGUUACUGAGGUCAGUACAUUUAAACAAUGCUUAAUCAUUUAAUGUUUAAAUGCUAUGCCUUUCUGUAAUGAAAAAUCGUUUUCUAGGCAUUAUUGUGUAGCAUUCCUCAUCAGGAGAUAUGAAAGGGCUUUUACAAAGCAGUCAUUGUCAGGAUACCUAUGUGAAAGGUGCAGAAACCUGAGGGAAAAUCAUUUACCUGGAGGUUUGUGGCAGGGUGUGAUCCCACACACUGUCCAGUAGGCUCAGAAGGGACCAAAGGCGUGAGGAUUUCACAUGGAUUUCAAGACUCCCUUGUGGUUGCUUGCUGGCCUGGCCUAUCCAAACCUACUUGUCUCCAUCCAAUUGCUGUAGAUAUGCCCAGCUGCCAACAUGCAGUUUCUUAUCCUGCGGCAUAUAUGAGGUAGCUAAUUUAUCUCUUUAAUUGAGAGAUCUUGGAUUACUUCAUGGAGGGCACAAGGCCUCCACAGGGACAUCUAGAGUAGAGAAACUGAAAUUCAUUCUGGUGUGAGGCACAGCCUGCAGCUCCCUUGGCUGCCCUGCUGCAAGUCCUGCAAGACUUCUGCUGGAACAUCGGCUUCUUGGUGGGAACCUGCAUGGGACAUGGGCAGAGCUAAGUGGUAGGAGGGGAGAGGAAAGGGAGAAAUAGAGCUGGAGAGGUGAGAUGUUCCCUGUACCUGGAGACGUGCAGGGGAGAGAUGUGUUCCUUCAGUGCCCUUUUUCUGCCUUUUGUUUGGUAUCCUGCAUUUUCUGAAGCUUUCUGUUACCAUAGCUUGCCAUCUCGCAUGCUAAAGAGAAUUCAGCCCUCAUUUUAUGCUCCCAGGCUCAAAUGUAGGCAUAUGGAGGCUGUUUAAUCUCAUAAGCAAGUGUUCUGGUUUGCAGAGCACCCACAUCUUCAGCUGAAGUCACUGGGAACAGCCAGCUGUCUCCUCCUUUACACCCCGCAGGAGGGAACUAGAUAGACAAGUUCUUGCUCCUUUUGCUCUUAGUCAUAUUGUUGUGAAACAGCUUCUAUAGAGAAUCCAAACAUAUCCAGAUAUUCUUGAUGGAAAUACUUGGGACCAUUGGCCCCUUGUCCAAGGCAAUUCCAUCUGCUCAAUCAGAUCUCUACAUAGAUAAAUACCCAUGAGAUCAGUGCCUACUUUUACUCCACAGUCCUUUUUUUGCAGAUUUCCAGAAUGUAAACCCUGUGGAUGCUCCCUUCCCUCUUCCCCACAGGGUUUCACAAGCCACUGAGGGCUCAAUUACCACAGACGGCUGUGGCUUUUGGUGCAGGAGAGCCUAUAUCAAUCUUACUGCACUAACAAUUUCCCACAGCGAUGUGCAACAAAAGCCUUUUAGGAAAAACGGUUUUGAAUGCAAUAUGGCUUGAGCACAAUGAAGUGCUAAUGUGAUUCCGUGGAAAACUGCUCACAUGAGAUAUAUAGAAAGUUUUGGUGUGUGAAACCUAUCCCUCUAUAUGGACUUGCCCAUAGGGAGAAAGAGUCUGUCUCUAGGCCUGCUGUCAGCCCAAGUGGGACCACUUCUGGAAGUUCUUCCUUUUGAGUGUUUUAUUGACAGUCUGUGAUCUAUUGAUCAAUAUUUCACUCUCCAAGCUGUGUGUUGCAUUCAGUGAUACUAAAUCUGCCAAAGAUGUCUGUUGCAUUAAGUCCAUAAUGGAGUAAGUAGCCCUUUAGUCAGGCCUCCCUGAUGUCUGUCUGGGGCCUUAGGUGUCAGGUGUGAAGCCUGCAUGCUGGACUGCAGCCAGGCCUGUGGCUAGAGCUGCUCUGUCACAUGGGGUUCUUGUAGGCCAUGCUAACUUGUUCUUGUACCCAGCUAACUCUCAGUAUCACAGGUUACCUUUGGUUUUAUGACUUGAGAUGCAUGACACAAAUAGGCAGAGAUCAGCAGAUCUCAAAGCAUGAGAUACAGAUCCCGCGUGUCAGGAUGAAACCUUGCAGAUCUGCCUGAGGGAGCCAACCUCCCUUUAUUUCUAUGGAUCCCAACAGGGAAUGAAGCUAUCAGGGACUGUGCUGAGUACCACAGAGCUAGGCCCACACCUCCUGCUAGGCAGAUGGGAUGUGCUACAUGAUUUGCCUUACCCAUUUUGCGUGUAUGUGCUGUAAAUGUACGUCUUGAACUCAAAAAGUGCAUUCCUUCCCACCAACUUAAGUUACUUAACUUCCAGGGUAGCCUUCCCACCAGCCUUGAGCAUCAGAUCCUAGGUGGAGCAACUGUUCUUUAGAAGUAUCCUUAUUCAAAACAUUCUUAAUAUCUAACUAAGCAAAUCCUUUUCCUAAAAUGGGUAUUCGGGAAUUGCUCCAAGAACACCAGUGAUUGAUAACAAGGAUUACAGUAUCUGAUUAGUGUGGAUAUAAACCUCAGGCCAGCAAUGAAGCUGAAAUUCUUUUCUAGUCCCUUUCUUCCUUUGUGAAGUGUUUGUUCUGGAGGCACUUGGCUGCAUGCUUUGUAUUAGAGACGAGUCAGCGUUUAUUUUAAAAGCAGGAACUCUAUUUUUUGCGUAUUUCCAACUGUUCCAUUUUUAGAAACACCGAUGGGCUUUGCUACAGUUUCUCUGGGAAUGGUGAGUAUGUGAAGAAUGUAGGACAGACUGUCUAUGAAACGGGGAGAACCAGAGUCACGAGAAGACGUGUUGGCUCCCCAAGUCAGGUUGAUGCACUUCACCGUCACGCUCCGCUGCCUCCUGCCUUCUCCCCACAAAUACAUCAUCAGAACUUCCCCAUGGCAUGCAUACUCCUUAGCCUCUUAUCUUGGGAAGGUGGAAGGCAGUUGAAAGAUGAGCACUUUGUUGGAGCUGCCUAUCGGAGGAAGCCAGGCCAUAGGAAGGGAUAAGGGGAAUGGGUCUUCUUCCUGCCUGGCGGGAGCAGGGUGUGGGGUAGAGGAGAGGGUGUAUCCUCUGGGAUUGCAUCUCAGACUUCAGUGUGGCCCAGCCAGAGAAUAUACUUUGGUCGACUCCAUAUAAACAUGGCAGUUGCUAGUUUCCUUUAAAAUUUGAUACUAAGGAAGGAAACGUGGUCAAAGAGAGAUCAUAGUGAUAAGUUGGUCCAGUUUCAUAUUUUUGCACGGAUCUUGGUUAUGGUAAUUUUGUGUGGUGCUUUCAAAUAUUGUGGGAGAUUUUCAAAGGCACAAAUUAGUGCGAAUUUCUAGUCCUGUGAGCAUGUUUAUCCUGAGCGGUGGAAUGCAGGAGCACUGCCCGAGUUGGCCUAGAGCUUGAAACAGUGCAACCGUGUUAGCAUAAUGCUGCACCUGAAAAGAGAAGCUCUUUGGCUUGAUCACAGUAAAGAACCGUAGGGCCACAAGGGUUCUCAGGAGGCUUAUUCUUCAAGAAAACUGUGUAAGUCUGGGAGGCUCUGGAGUCCUCUCCUUGCUUCAAAAGCCACCUGGACAUGGUCCUGAGCACUCUGCUCUGGGUGUCCCUGCUGGAGCUGGGAUUGGGCCAGGUGUCCUCCAGAGUUCCUUCCCUCUACUGUGCUGUGAUAUUGUAAUCUGCUCUCUCAGACCUCCAACAUCAGUCAGUAUCCCAACACUUAGCUCUGUACUGUUAGAUACUUUCCUCGUCUCUUCACAUGAAAGGCAGAUUGCUGCUAUCCUGCUUGCACAGUUUGCACAUUUGCAUACUGUUGCCAUGUCCAUGACCCUUCCUUCUUCCUGUCUAACACAGCUUUGCUGCUUCUGGUACUCAGAAGAUGAAGUCAUUCAGUGUUCAGUCUGCAGCUGUACUGUGUCUUGUAGAUGUGCACAUUCAGUGGUCCCACUGCAGGAAUUAGCACAUCCCUUCCCAGUUGGGCAUCACAGACAUACCAAAAGUGAUCAGGGUGCUUACUUUUCUGUUGUGACUGAAUCUGUGCCUCUUAAACACAGCCUCAAGUGCUUGGCUUAUGGAAAUUUAUGUGACUGUGUUAAGUCGCACAGUUUACAUGCCAGAAUGUGUCCCUCCUUAUAGCAAAUGAAUGUGUUAUUCCUGACCAGAGAAGCUGGACUAUGCCUAGUAGCUGAGGUAAUAUUUGAGAGGUUCCACAAGCUCAGUGAGAUUAUUUGGAAGUCACAGAUGUUUAGACACUGGCAUCAGAUUUUGUCUUCAUUUUAACCUGGCAGCAGCGAAUGCAGUGAAGUCUCUGCAGUGGUAGAGGAGUGGCCAGAGAGGCACAAAGUGCUGUGGGAUUUGCUCUUUAGUAUCAAUGGCUUCACCUAAAAUGCGGUGUAGGAAAGCCUUCAGAACCAAGCUGAAAUGAACAAGAAAAUAAGUUUCAGAAGUUUGCAUUAUUCAUUUAAACUUAUAGGAGUGAAAAAUGAGAUAUUGCCAGGGCUGUGUGAAACAUGGACAAAUUUGAGUCUCAAGUACUUUACCUCAUAUCAUCACAGCUGUUUUCAGUGGAGCACUCCAGGGUCAAACCAGGAAGAAAUUUAGUUUCUUAAUUAAAACAACAAAAAAACCCACCUCCUUUACAUCCCAUUUAAUUAAAACCCUGGGUGUCAGGUUCUGUGGUUGUGGAAGAGCUUGGUAACAAUGUGAUGAAUAAUUCAUUCACUGUGUUUUGUUUUGUUGGGUGCAAAAGACGGUGGUUUUGGAUGGGUUCAUAACAACAACCUUGUCUUCUUGGUCCUUGUCACAAGAAGAACCCUGGAGGAUCCCAAACAGAGCCGUGGGUGUCACAAGUGGAACAGGAGUCUUUUGAAGGUGAUUUACAUGUAUAAAGAGUAACAUGGGGCAGCUGUUACUGAGUUGUGAACUGCUUACUGAAACAGCAGAAAGUGUGUGUGUGUGUGUGUAUGUGUGUAGCUCACAUAUGCAUUUCCAUGACACUCUUCAGGAGUAAACACACGGGUAAAAACCUCUCCUGCCCUGCGCUGAACAUCUGUGCCUGCAAAAGCCUGUGCAAGUGCAGGAUUUGUGCUUCAGGGUGUGGGAGCAUGCCCAGGGCAAGCUCAGGGAAGUUCCUCACUCAUUUGGGACCUGAAGAAUUUGUAAACAAUAUUUUAUUUAUUUAUUUAAAAAACCCUUCCUUCUGCUGAGGUGUGGGAGAUCCAUGCAGCAAACAGCAAUGAUGAUGUGACAGAGGAAGAUCUUUGCCACCCUGAGCCCUUAAUGUAUGCUGACUACUAUCAAGUCUGUAUUACAGCAGUAUCAGCUCUGAGAAAACCCACAGGUUUUUCUCCUUUGUAAUAACAAGCAAUAACUAAAUCAGUGCUAGGUAAAAAUAACUAAUCACACGUGUUCGUAACAUUCCUUUUUAAGAUAGUUUGACUAAAAUAAUUUUCUUCCUUCCAAUUCUGUUGUGAUUUAGUCACCGAGCUGUAGACUUCCAGUUAUAAUUGUCUCACUCUUCCAUUUUCCAGCUGCGUGCAAUCUCUAAUAACUGCACAGCUUAUGUCUAGACGACCCUCUGAGAAAUCUCUCUGUGGCCUUACUUAGCUGCUGCAAUGACACCGAGACUGAUGAUGUCAGCCAUAUUCGAGACUGAUAGCCGUGCCUUUCAUGGCUUAGUUAGCUGAGGCAGGGCAGAGUCUUGGAGUUUGAUGCUGAGACUGGAUGUAUACACACAUCUGCAUACAUACCCAUGCAUAGAUAGUCUUGUGAGCAUGAUUAUGCACCAUGCUUUUAUGUGGUAGUGUUUUAAGCCUGCUUUCACCAGCAUUCCAGCAGUUUUUUCUUUUAGGCUUCUGCAUGCAGCUUAAAGUGGAAUUUAAUGAGGACUGACUGAUACAAUUCCACUGAAAUUGAAUUAGCAGGAAACUUCAGCAACACAAUGGCCUGCACAGAUGUUCUGCUGGGGGAUGAUGCAAAGCUUCCCCAACACAGCAAGUCCUUUAUAGAUUAAGCCAAACCUAAAUUUCUCCAGAUCUUUCCACAGUGUCAGCAUAUUCCCGUAUGAGACACAAAGGAGGACAUGUUCAAUUUCCAUGAGUUCUGGAACCCUUCCUACUGACUUCAGCAGGCCUUCACUCAGGCUUCAGCAGCUUCUUGAUGUUUGGAAAGUUCUGAGACACAGCCUGUUGGGACUACUUGUAACCAGCACCUAAGACUACAGAAACUUAUGUUUGGAAGAACCUCUUUCUGAAGGAAGCAUCCAUCUCAAUAUUGCGAAAACUCUGUCCAGGCCUUACAAGGCAGGAGGGUGAUCUGUGCUUCUGCUGACACUGGUGUGUAAUCUCUGCUUCUUAUGCACUCCAGCACCCCUAUCAGUUCCUUGUUCUCCUUCACCAGCCCUGCAGUGAAAAGGCUGCUGGGCUGGAAACAAGGAGAUGAAGAGGAAAAGUGGGCAGAAAAAGCUGUUGAUUCCCUGGUGAAGAAAUUAAAGAAGAAAAAAGGUGCCAUGGAAGAACUGGAAAGGGCUCUAAGCUGCCCAGGUCAGCCCAGUAAAUGUGUCACGAUCCCACGUUCCUUGGAUGGGCGGCUGCAGGUUUCUCACCGCAAGGGGCUCCCUCAUGUCAUAUACUGCAGAGUGUGGCGUUGGCCUGAUUUACAAUCUCACCAUGAAUUGAAGCCACUGGAAUGUUGUGAGUUCCCAUUUGGCUCAAAACAGAAAGAAGUGUGCAUUAACCCCUACCAUUACCGGCGGGUGGAAACUCCAGUCCUACCUCCAGUACUUGUUCCAAGACACAGCGAGUUUAACCCUCACCUCAGCCUUCUCGCCAAGUUUCGAAAUACUUCUCUGCACAGUGAGCCACUGAUGCCACACAAUGCCACCUAUCCUGAUUCUUUCCAACAUCCUCCAUGCACCCCGUUUCCACCAUCACCCAGCCACAUGUUCUCCCAGUCGCCUAACAGCAUCAGCUACCCCAACUCACCAGGAAGCUCUUCUGGACCAGGAAGUCCAUAUCAGCUCACGGUGGAAACUCCACCCCCACCCUACCACGCAAGAGAAACUCCGGGAAGCCACAAUGGGCGGUCAAUGGAUGCUAUAGCUGAAAGCCAACUAGUACUGUCUUUGCCCAAUGGAGGUAAAUCUGCCGAUGGAGAAACUGAAAAUUUUCGGCCUGUUUGCUAUGAGGAACCACAACACUGGUGCUCAGUUGCCUACUAUGAACUCAACAACAGGGUAGGAGAGACUUUCCAGGCUUCCUCUCGAAGUAUCCUUAUAGAUGGAUUUACAGAUCCCUCAAAUAACAAAAACAGGUUCUGCCUGGGACUGCUCUCGAAUGUAAACCGCAAUUCGACUAUAGAAAACACCAGGAGACACAUAGGAAAAGGUGUCCAUCUUUAUUAUGUUGGUGGAGAAGUGUAUGCUGAAUGUGUCAGUGACAGCAGUAUUUUCGUGCAGAGCCGCAAUUGUAACUAUCAGCAUGGUUUCCACCCAGCCACUGUCUGUAAGAUCCCCAGUGGCUGCAGCCUCAAGAUCUUCAACAACCAGCUCUUCGCCCAGCUGCUUGCCCAGUCAGUCAAUCAUGGUUUUGAAGUGGUAUAUGAGCUGACGAAGAUGUGUACGAUUCGAAUGAGCUUUGUUAAAGGCUGGGGAGCAGAGUAUCAUCGCCAAGAUGUUACAAGCACGCCCUGCUGGAUUGAGAUCCACCUGCACGGACCAUUGCAAUGGCUGGAUAAGGUUCUGACACAGAUGGGCUCACCUCAUAACCCCAUCUCUUCCGUCUCUUAAGAAUCAUCUCUAGAAUUCCCUUAGGAUGGAUGCUAUUGCAGGCAGUGGCUUAUAGGAUUUCCAGUGAACAGAAGCUUCUAUAUGUAGAUGUAUGCAGUUGUAAAUAUAUCUAUACAUAGUCUACUCUCCUAUUUUUUUUUUCUCAUGCUACGUUUUGUGGUUUCUAGUUACUCUGAUGCCAGUACAAUAAUUAUAGGAAUUCAGGUAUAGUAUAUCUGUUCUCAAAAUAAGCCAAGUUCCUGCAAAAGUGUCAAGCAGUUCCUGUGAGCAUCUUCAUUCCCCAGCCAAGCCAGUAAAUGAUGCGAAUUCUCAGCACUUUCACAUGGAUUCAGAAACCUGGCUGUAGCUGUUCCUAGUAGGUGAAAUUCACCCUUCUGCAGGCAACAAAAGUCAGAUAUUGGCACCAUUUAUAUUCAUUUUACAUCCUAACUUCUGAUCUAAGAGAGGACCUUAGGUGGUACACAGGACUUAAGCAUAGAGAUGACUUUUCUCCAGUGAACUGAAGGAUUAAACAGCAAUUCCAGUCUGUCUCCGUACUGCAAAGUGCUGUGGGACAACAGAUCCUGUGAGGAGCUGAGACCCCUGGGUUUGGCAGGAGGAGACAGCCCUUGGGAUGUCUUUGGCUCUGGCACCUUAUCAGAGCAUUCUGGACACAUCUGAGUAGUCCGAUACACUUAACACAGUAGUUUAUGGUACUGCUGCACUGAAAAGCAACGAGCUCCUAAGAAAAAAAAAAGAAAAUUUGAAGUAUAUGCCUAGAAGUUUAAAAUCUAAUUAACUUCCAGUGCUUUUUUUUGCAAAGUACAUACAUACUUACAUAUGUAUCUGGCAUGUAAACUGAAUCCUAUCCAUUAUACAGUAUUGAUGUUGUUUGUUUUGAAGUUAAGACUAUCUGUAGUUAGACUACUGUGCUGAUACUAAGGGUACGUCUAAAAGGGACUUGAACUGUGAUUCAGGAAAAGGAAAUGAAGUGUGCAUCGAAGAACUGAGAAAUUAUAUCAUCAUUCAGCUCAGGACAGUCUGCGUUGGGAAUGGGGAGGCCCAUGCUCACAAGAUACAGUGAGGAGGAGAUGAGAGGCAGUCAGGCUGUGCCCUGCGAUGUGCCAGUCCUCGACCUGACUGCAGUGCCCUGGUUUGGCAGAGGGGGCUCCUGGCAUUUCAUUAAUACCCAUGGAUGGUUUCUCAUCUUGGAUAGAGGCUUCAGCAUUUGCAGUGUUGUGGCCUCACCUGCACAGGAUGGUGAGGCAGCGUAAGCCAUAAGCAAGAGAAGAGUGAGUCUAUGUGUAAAGCUUUCUUAACAGUUCCUUGUCUGUGAUCCUGAAAACUGCUUUGCAUUAAGGGUCAACAAGAGUGGUAACUUCUCAAAUCUCACACACUAGAAUUACACUGAGAAAAAUAUGCUCUACAUAAUAUUUCUUUUCUUCUCACACAGUACGUGGUGCUACACAAUUUACUGCUUGAUUACAAGAGAAUGCGUGAAAUCUUCAGGUACAUCACAUAUGCAAACCAAGUAAUAUUCACUGGAAAGACUUUCUGUGUUUUUUAGAUGCUAUAUAAUGCCUGUUACAAGGUGGCAGUUAAGAACAGAGCAGAAGAAUGCAUAAAACAGAGGGGUUGCUUCCUUUAAACACACCAUCAGCUGCCUCCGGCUUUGGCAGGGCACAGGAAGACGGAUGGUUGUUAAGUUCGAGCAGAAUUGCAGGUUUCUAGGAAGUUCAUAACUAUGAAGAACUCUAUUCUGUCACCAUUUGCCAUCAACGUCAUCAGUGUGGAGUAGGAAAAGCAUGACCUGUGGCAGUGAUUCCAGUACAAAGGUCCCACCCAAAUUUCAUAUGUGCCAUUUACUGCUUAGCAGACUGAAGAAAGAUGGGUUUGGAAACAGACCUUCUCCUCAGCUCCCUUGGUCUUCAGUGUCACCGUAUUUAGCUGUCGGUACCAUUGUUUUCAGGUUGUCUAUUGUGCCCUUUUCCCAGUUGUGUGUUACACAGUGCUUAUCCCUUUAUUUAGCAGCUGAGGACAGGGAAAUCAGCUCCCCUAUCCAGGAUCUAGCACUGUCCUUCAUCCUAAAUUCUUCCUCCGCACAAAAAGAAGAGCCUAGCUGUUGCUUUUAGACAUCGCCAGCCUUGUCUUCUCUCUCCCAGAGAGCAAAGGUGGCUGUGCUAGGGUGCACUGCUCUUUGGGCAGCUCCAGAACCCAGUUUCCUGCUGAUGCUGCAGAGGAAGAAGUGCAGACAGUGAAGAGAAGCGGUUUUUCUGAGGCAUCAUUCAUCUCAUCACGAGGUCUUUCAGGUGGAUUCGAUACACUGCACCCUGAGCAUUCUUCUGUCUGCCUACUGUGUGUAAGGGGAACACAUGGUCAGAGAUGGACUGCUACACUGGAUGCAUCCAAAAGGAGCUGAGGUGAGCCUGUGGGGAGGUGUCCUUACAGCCUGGUGAUGAUGCCUCCUCAGCCAGUGUCUGUGUUGUUUAAAUGCAAGUUGGUAAAUUCAGAGCAGGUUUUCCUUUCCUGUAUUUCCGCUGCUGCAGCAAUCCUCACACAGGUAGCCCUUUUGGCCUUCGUGCAGUCCACGUGUGCAGGCUGUCACCUCAGUGUGCCCUUCCUCCUAAAGGAAAGAAACAGGCAUUUCUGGAGUGUGCUUCUUCUGACCUACUUAAAUGCCUACAGUAAGAUGAGACAAAGUAUUCAAUUAUUUGCUGAAAAACCCUCAGAGUCUUCUCUAGUAUGCAAAUUAAAAGUUAAAAAUCCAGGUUUCUCAUAAUUUAAAGCAAGGUACCUUUGUAUUUCACUGUAAUGCCUCCCCAUUUUGGAAGAUCUUUGGUGCUCUAAGGUCCUCGUGAACCCAUCACCCCAUGUAUUCAAUUUAUAGCCUUUAAAGGCAUUCAUUAAUACCCAAGCUUUUGAGAUGGACUUCCUGAGGGAUUUAAAACCACUUACAGGGAGACUGCCUAGCUGAAGGCAGAUUUUUUUAAAUGUCUUUUGAGCAAUCAACAUCAAACCCUGUUGAAGGUUUCUGUGGAGAAGUACUGUGCAUCAGCAGGCAGCGAUGGGAGUUUGGUCAGGUCGUGGCAUAGAGAACAUCCAUCAUGGUACUCAGACCUCUUGUUUUCUUGUUAAGUAGUUGAGAAGAGACUGUCUAAUUGCUGCCAGUUCAUCAGAAGCACCAGUAUUAAUUCAUCAGUAUUAGUUCACAUCCAGAGGGGACUGACGCAGGUCUUAGGCUGCUUGAAGUCAUUCCAAUGGCACUGCUCCUCUGCUCGGGCCCAAACCUCGCACUGCAACAAUCAAUAUGAUGGCUGGAGCACUCAGAAGUGCAGCACGGGCUAUGCCUCCUUGUCAGAUCCCUCCUUAUAGAGAACUCAGCCAGUAAGCACUGUGUUAAGCCUUCCCACAGCCUGAGCAGCCUCCUUGGAGAGAUCUCUGCCUCUAGCAGGGCAUCAGAGUGGGUGCCCCACAGAGAUCCCUUCUAGUUUACAUUGUUCUGUGGCUCUGUGCAGACAUUCAGCGGUAACUGGUUGUCACAGGCAGGAGCUCUCUGUUAGUGGAGACAGUGUCAGGAUGAAGCAUGUUUAUUUACCCUCAGCUAUUUCUGCAUGAGUUCAGUGCAGGACAGAGUUGUUAGAUAUUAAUGUUUCAUGAGUAUAAAACCAGCACUGGAAACGUCUCUCAUUGUAAACAUCAUCCCAUCACAUAGCUCUUAAAAUGGAGCAAAUCAGGCAUUUGUGACUACAGCUUUGUCUAAUCCACCCGUGUUCCUCUUUGCUUCUGGCACGCACGCCUGGUUGAUAAGUGCUGCAAGUCAAAGUCUCAGCAGUACUGCACAAACCACUGGAUAUGCAGAGGCUGCUCAGGCAGACAUGUCAGCUCCUUGGAUGCAAACAAUCAAGGAACUUGAUAGGCCUUAGUAGACUUUGAAGGGGUCUGAAGUAUAUGACUCUUUAUUGACUUCUCUGGUGCUGAAAGCCUGAGUGGGCAUUUAGUCUUUGUUUAGUGGAGAGAAAUAGCUCAGUGUCUCUAGUGCACACAAUGUGCUCCAGCGUAAGAUGCAGCCUUUAGUUUGUGACCAUCAUCUACUCAUGGGACCUCCAGAGUGGCCAGGAGUGACCAGAAUCCUGUUGGCUGUUGCACUGUUUCACCCCAGGGCUUCCCAACCAGCUUGCUCGGGUGUGCUUCAUGUUGCAUUGCCGUACCAGUGCCACACUUACCUGCUAGGGAGGUGAGGCAUGAGUCCAACCAAGAGCACACCUCCACUUACACUUGGGCUAGGCUUGCAGAGCUGGCGCCUGUACAGUUUGGUCUAGUGGUUGGCGACCUGGUCUAGUGGUUGGCAACCUGCCUGUGGCAGGGAAAUUGAAACUAGAGGAUCUUUGAGGUCCUUUUCAACCCAGGCCAUUCUAUGACUCUAUGACAGGUAAUGAGGCUGAGUUGCAGGCCAUGUCUCUUCUGCGAGACAAACAUAACCACUAUGUCCUCCAGUCAGCUACUCUUCCAAUAUAGCCAAUGUGAACAUUUGCAGCUAAUUGUGAACAGUUUUUAGAUCUUCACUCGUAGUGUUUUUAUUAUCCAUGAAUGCUGCUAUUUUAUAGUCCGUGUUAAUCUUCAAAUAAUAUUGCAUAUGAAUAGCAUAGGAAGAAAUAGACCAACCAGUUAGUAAUUUUAAAUGCAAACCUCAUCAGCAAAGAAAAGCUAGAAAAAAAUUGGUAAAGUCUGACCCAUUGCACUUCCACUGUAGCGAGCACAUCAUCUGUUUCAAAGUGAUCAUUUGAUGCUGAGGUGUGUGUUGCAUCUUACUGAUUCACACUUAUGUCCAAGAGAUGCUUUGCAAACAAGAGAGAAAGGGAACAAACAUAAUGGUAAGCAGAGAGAAGGCACCUCUAGAUAAUUUUCUUCCACUUAUUCAAGCAAUUGGAAUUCAGUUUGUAAUUAUUUGUAAUACUUUAUAAGUACAGGUUAAGCAUAUCACAGUGUGUUUUCUUCAGACAAUUCAGUGUUAGCAGUUUAAUCUGUCAUUUCAGUCUCACCUCUGUGAUUUAAAUUGGGCUGAGAAGUGAGAGAAGAAAGCGAAAGAACAGGCCUUGGUGUGGAUUAACGAAGCCACAGUCCUGCGGGGAUAUAUGCAGCCAAGGGGCCGUAAUGGUGGAUUUGAGCAAGGGGUGGGCUUUUUGUGUAAAGUAUUAGCUAUCACAGCCUGGUGCAGAAAAGAACUGUGAAACACAUAAAGAUUUAACGGUACCACUUCUGUCUAUGAACAAUUCUGCCCUCUCUCUCUUUUCCAUCACAGUCCAGGCGAAACUUCUUCACCAGCUAGAAGAAAGGAAGUAGUAUUCACAGUUAGUGAGAGUCUGUAAAACCAGUGUGGAUCACUGCGUAAAUAACGCUACUUGGACUCUUGCCUCUUGAGAACAAAAAAUCUCAGAGACGUGCUUAGUUUCAGGAGCCUGAGGCACUGGGGCAGCUCAGUGUCCUCUAUCAGCCCCAUGCCCUGACACAAAAAUACAACCACUGCUCAUCAAGUGGAUGUUCUCCCAAGCAUUCCUCCUGUUGCGUCUGAUUUGAGGCAUCCUGAAGUCAACAUAUUUAGCCUGAUAUUUGAGCAGUACACUUCUCAACACACUCCAUUUUCUUUGGCUGGAACUAUUCUAUUGUAAAAGGGAUUAUUCACGUCUUGUGUUUUACUGUUAAUAAAGUUAUUUCCGAUUUAA